AUGCAACAAAGAGAAAAGGAGACAUUCCGUGAAUACGCGCAAAGGUGGCGCGAAAUUGCAGCACAGGUUGUUCCACCUAUGGAAGAAAAGGAGAUGACGAAAGUGUUCUUAAAGACUCUUGAUACUUUUUAUUACGAGAGGAUGAUUGCAAGCGCUCCUACAGACUUUACUGACAUGGUAAACAUGGGAGUCCGUUUAGAGGAAGCAGUUCGAGAAGGGCGUCUAGUUAGAGAAGGAAGUUCAUCUUCAAGCGGGGCAAAGAGGUACGACGGUUUUAUGAAAAAGAAGGAACAAGAAACUAAUGCUAUGUCCUAUAAUCAUCCAAGAAGGAUCAAUUAUCCUUACCAUUCCCAACACCAACAUAUAGCAGCCGUGACUCCAAUAAUCACUUCCGCUCCAGUUCAAGUCCAAUACCCUCAGCAGCGUACCAACCGCUUCCAACAGAAUACUCAGUAUCAGCAACAACAUCAACCUCAACAACAUCAACAUCAGUUACAACAACGUCCACCACAGCAACAAAGAAGAACCAAUUUUGAUCCAAUUCCGAUGUCAUAUGCAGAAUUGUAUCCAGCUUUGAUCACUAAAAACCUUGUGCAACCACGACCACGACCUCCUGUACCAGAAGUGCUACCUUGGUGGUACAAGCCAAAGGUAUCUUGUCCCUUUCAUCAGAAUGCUCCAGGUCAUGACUUAGACAACUGUUUUGCUUUAAAGUUGGAAGUACAGAAGUUGACAAGAGCAGGUAUCCUGACCUUCAAGAUCAUGGGUCCCAAUGUGAAGGACAAUCCAAUGCCAAGUCAUGGUCCUUCAUCAGUGAACAAUAUAGAAGUUUGUCUCAAUGAACAACGUGUUACGAAGAUAGAGGAGAUUCGGCAGUCUUUGGUUGAAAUUCAUUCUGUUUUAUGUGCUCAUGGUCUAUUCCAACAUAACCACCAGAUCUGUGGUACAUGUUCAGUCAGUUCAAGAGGUUGUAGAAAGAUUCAAGAUGAUUUGCAAGGCGUCCUUGAUCAGGGUUUGAUUCAGAUUUCUAGACAAGUGAGUUCUCCAGAAUCACAAGAACAAGAGGUGAAUGUCAUCAUUCCUUGCUUCAACAUUCCAGAGAAAGUAGAGAUAGCUUAUCAUCCGAGGGAGCCAGUGGUGAUUUGCCCUCCGGGCCCAAUGCCUUACACUUCAGAUAAAGCGGUCCCCUACCGCUAUGCAGCAACUAUUAUUGAGAACGGUAAAGAGGUCGAGAUUAAAACCUUAGCCUCAGUUACCAAUAUCGCAGCAAAUAGCCGAAUGACGCGCAGUGGCCGCGUGUUCGCUCCGCCGGUUAUCCCAAGUAGAAGUGUUGAGAAAGAUCCAGUAGUCGUGGUACCAGUGACAAGAGAAGCAGAAGGGCAAACAAGCAAUUCAACCCUUGACAAAGAAACAGAUGAACUACUCAGAAUUAUCAAGCUCAGUGACUACAAAGUGGUAGAUCAGUUGCUACAGACACCGUCAAAAAUCUCGAUCCUGUCCUUAUUAUUGAACUCAGCUGUCCACAGAGAAGCACUACUGAAGGUGCUUGAUCAAGCCUUUGUAGAACAGGAUAUAACAGCAGAGCAGUUCAACAAUGUUGUAGGCAGCAUCACUUCGUGCAAUGGCUUAGGCUUUUAUGAUGAAGAACUGCCAGAAGAAGAAAAGAGUCACAACUUCGCUCUCCAUAUCUCAGCCAAUUGUCAAGGGGAUUCUUUGUCUAAUAUCCUAAUUGACACCGGUUCAUCUCUGAAUGUCAUGCCCAAGUCUACCUUGUUGAAGCUAAAGUACAAAGGGGGGCAAAUGCGGCACAGUGGAAUUAUUGUGAAAGCGUUCGAUGGAUCAAGAAAAACAGUCAUUGGAGAAGUUGAUUUGCCUAUUGGUAUUGGACCACACGUAUUCCAGAUCACUUUCCUGGUUAUCGACAUAGUCCCAACUUAUAGCUGUCUGCUCGGACGCCCAUGGAUUCAUGAGGCGGGUGCCAUUACAUCCACGUUACACCAAAAGUUAAAGUUUGUCAAGAAUGGGCAAAUAGUGACGGUUAAUGGGGAGCAGGCUAUGCUGAUUAGCCACCUUUCAUCGUUUAGUGUGAUAGAAGUAGACGAGACGGUUGUUCAAACUCCAUUUCAGGCCCUGACCAUCGAUGAUUACAAGAAAAGUGAAGGUUCAAUCGCGUCAUUCAAAGACGCCCAGCAGAUUGUCAAGACAGGUCCUACAGAAAUGUGGGGCAAGGUGAUAGAGUUGCCAGAAAACGUUAACCAUGCAGGAUUAGGCUUUGUUGAUGGAAAACAAGUGCAAACUUCAGUGGUGCGACCUUUCAAAGAUAUCUUUCACAGCGGUGGGUUUAUCAACAUGGUAGCAGUUGAGGAGGAUACUUUUGAGGGAAAGACAGAAGACGAAGGCCCCAGAUUUGUGACACCAGGAGAAGAUUUAUAUUAA